GCUAUGCAGCUGCUUUGUGCCUGUGUACUGCGGUAUGCUGCCUCCAUCCUUCAAAGGAGUAUAUUAUGUGGACGGGGGUUUCAGCAGCAUGCAGCCACUGCCUGUACCCUGCAUGCAAACCUUGACGGUGUCUCCAUUCUCUGGAGAGACAGACAUCUGUCCCGCCGACAAGCCUUGCAUGUGGGACAUGGUGGUGAGCGGCACCACCUUGAAGGGCAACAUGGCUAACAGCUUCAGGAUCAUUAAUGCUCUCUACCCCAUGAAUUUAGAGACUCUGGAACAAGCCUACCACAGUGGCUACAAGGAUGCUGUUCAUUUCCUUCUGUGCCGUGAUCUUGCCCCAUAUUUGAUGAUACACAAAGUAUCUCAAGGGCCACAUAACUUUCACCAAACUAAAACGUGGAUGAAUCUGGAGGCCGCCAUAGAGGAAGAGAAGGAGAUGAAGGUGGAAAAGGAGGCCAUUACACUGAAAUCUUUCAUAACCAAGAGACGCAUGCAGACUGGAAGUUCUACGGAGCAUGAAUUGACCGGAAAUCAACCAAGUAAAGAACCUCCUCUCCAUUUUGACAUGAUAAAAAAUGUUCUGCUGAGCAACAUGGUGACCUAUCUGAGCAUGUUUGGACUUCCUGCGAAAAUCUUAUCCUACCUGCUGGUAACUCUUAUCCUGUUGUUUCACGCACUACUCCAGAGUAGGCACAGACUGGAGUUGUUGUUCAGACAGGCGUCUGAGUUGGUGUUCUGGGUUUGGCAUUGCCAGAAACAUUUUGCAUUCUUCUUUUUCAACAUAUGUGUCUGUACCCUAAAGAAAAACACAUUAGACCGGGUUAUCCCCAUCAUCCUGCUGUUGCAGUGGCUGAUUAUGGCACCAGAUGAGGCUCCACAAGGACAGAGGCACGAUACACCGUCUUCUGCCCAUUGAGAAGAUGUUGGGCAUGGGAAAUUACAGUAUGUAAAGAGAGCCACUGACUGCUCACCAAGCAGAAAUUUAAACACUAUAUGUAUAGCUUGUAUUUUGUAAAGUUAAGCCUUUUUGACUGCAUAUUUCCAUUGAAGAGAGCAAUGAAAAGUCUUGAAACUUUUGUUUGGGGGGGCUUUCUUUUAUCUAAGCUGGUUAAUUAGUUCUAUUCUUUUGUACUUUUUAAACUGUAUGAAUUACUGUAAUCAGUAGAGUGCAGACCUCCACUAAGGCUUAGUAGUAAUUUUACAGUCAACAUUGUACUUGAUUUGUUGUUGAAUAGUUGCAGUAAAUGACGCUAACAUCAAAUUAAAAAGCAACAACACACUUAGCAUAACAGAAAAGUUAAUUUUAUUCACUCAUUAAAAGUUUAUUCAAUAGUGACAAAUACAGUAUAAAUAGAGAAUUUCCAUGAGCCAAGUGUUCAUUGAGCAUAACAAAUGUUUACUGGGAAGAUUUUCUAGGGAAAAAAGUCAUGCAUGUGUCAAUAUUGUGUGGCCACUGGCCACAGUAACGUCAUCAGGAGAUAUGCUUGUUUGGAAAUUGAAAGCUUGGCACUAUCAAAGUGUCUUGCUCUGAAGAUCAGUCAUUGCAUUACAUCCUUGGUGGGGGUAUAACUGCUAGCUGCAUCAUGCUUUACAACUAUAUUAUUGUAAUAUUGUAUGUCUAAUGAACAGAAAUAUCAACAUUGCUUAAUCUCUAAAAUAUGAAUCAAGUGUAUAACAGCCUACAGUGAAAACUCACGCACAGCUGAUUUGUAGGAAAGAUUCAUUCAUGCUAAUUAGUUAUCUGAAGUUUGAGUGGAACAUCCGAGGAAAAAAAAACACUUGCAGUUUGAGUCAAGUUGAAAGUUUAGCUCCAGGGUGCUUAUCUAGAGUGUUCCUAAUUUCAAUUUCUCAUGAGAGGUGGCAAAUAGUCCUGUGAUGUGCUGUUUGAACACUGCACUCUUUCUCUCCUCGCCCCCUGAGUGAAGACUACCUACUGUUCAGCGGCCUCUGGCAUUGGCAUCAUUCUCGUAAUUCAAAAACAUGACGCCAAUGUUAGGUGUCACUAUGUGCUAUGACACUUGAUGUUGUACUUGCAGAAACACAGACUUCCUUCAUCUCCGUUGUAAGUGCUUUUGGAAUCAUGUGGACUGCAAAUUAAUAAAUUGGACUCCUCUUGUUUGUCUUACAAUGUAUUUUUUUUGUGUAUAAACUAUGUGUUGCUGUUAGCUGUUACUAUGCUUGCUGCUAUAGUUUCAAUUUGAGAAACCUCUAAAAAUCAAUCAAGGCCAUCACUAGGCUUAAAAUGUUUUAGCAACAGCAGCUAUACAUUUAGAUAACAUUUUCUUUCAGGCCUGCAACAACUCAUUCUGGCCAAAAAACGUAAGGGUUGAUUCUGAUAUUGGUUUGAUGGACAGUCAAACAUGUCAUGGUUGGGGUCGGCUGGCUGUGAGUUUUCUGUUUUGUUUACUAUUCUCUUGUUUGUUUCUCGGUUGGUUUUCUCCUCUCCUGUGUUUUCCUGUUUUGCCUGCCUCUCUCUCUCUCUCUCUGUGUCUACUCUGCUCUCCCCCUCCCACUGCUGCUGCCAGCUGAUAACCUGGUUACCAUCCCGUCAUCACCGCCUCCAGCUGCACACACCUGCCUCCCAUCUACAAUUAAGACCAGUAUUUCUACCCCGGCUCAACAGACCAUCUCCGCUUGAUCGUUGCUUCUGUCACGCUGGUGAAACGCAAAGCUACAAAUCUCUGAGACCCUCGUUGUUAUCUGACCGCUCACUUACCUGUUGUGUCUCUCUCUUCCCAGUCACCAUCUCCAUCCUCUACCGUCAUCUCCAGUCAGCUGGCUCCACCACACAGACCCCCUCCCUCGGCACCCUGCUCCAGCCUCUCCUCGCUCCCUCUGCUCUCCAGCCCCAGCCUCUCUCCCUCCCUCGGCUCCUCAGCUACGGCUUCCCCGCGCUCCCUUGAGUCCCCAGCCCCAGUGCCUCUCCCGCAGCUCCCCGGUCACAGCUCCCCUGAAUAUCUCCACCCUCCAGUCCCUCUAGCCUUCCCUCAGCUGUUUCCCCAUUCCCGGCGUCUGCCUCCCCACUUCCCCUUUCUUUUCCCCUCAUAAAUAAACCUUUUGUCGUGA